UUUAAAUGAAUUCAAUAAUUUUCGACUCCAACUUUAUAUCAUGUGUCGUGUAUUCUUUCCAAAAACCACACUUAGUAAUAAUUAAGUACUUAAUAGGUACAACAAUAAGUAUUUUUUGGGGGGUAAUCGACGUAUUUUUAAAGUUCAGAUAGUCAAUCAACCAAACGACUAUUUAUGAAGAAUCUCUCUCACAAACAAUAAGUUAACUCUAAAUACAAAGAACUUAACCAAAUUACGAGACUAGAAAAUUCUAAACUCAUAAAAUUAAAAUUCCGAUUUCAUAUAUAUUUUUAAAAAAAAAUUAUUUCAAUCCCCACAUAUGUUGUCCUAUAUUCUACAUUCACUAACUUGCAAUUUACUUAAUCUUUUAAGAGUUUGCGCGGGCGGCGUUAACGGCCGUCAACUUUCCCUCCUCACAUGAAUUUCACAAUACCUGAUCGUUGACAUUAUAAUACAGUUGGAGAAAAAAAAAAAUAUAUAUAUAUAUAUAAGGGGCAUUUCAAUCAAAAUUAAGAAAGGUUGAGCAAGUGAAAUACACAAUCUUAAUCAAGAAGAAGGCAAAGAUCGAUCAUCGCUGAGUUUAAGUUACAUAUAUGGCAUCAUCAUCUAAUGGUGGUGUUCCACCGGGGUUUCGAUUUCAUCCAACAGAGGAAGAGCUUCUUCAUUAUUACUUGAAGAAGAAGCUUUCAUUUCAUAAGUUUGAUAUGGAGGUUAUCAGAGAGAUUGACUUGAAUAAAAUUGAGCCAUGGGAAUUACAAGAUAGAUGUAAUAUUGGAUCGACGCCGCAGAAUGAGUGGUACUUUUUCAGCCAUAAGGAUAGGAAGUAUCCAACAGGUUCAAGGACAAAUAGGGCAACAAAUGCUGGGUUUUGGAAGGCAACAGGGAGAGACAAGUGCAUAAGGAACAGCUUCAAGAAAAUUGGUAUGAGGAAAACACUUGUGUUUUAUAGAGGAAGAGCUCCACAUGGACAAAAAACCGAUUGGAUUAUGCAUGAGUAUAGACUGGAAGAUGCUGACCAAAAUCAAAAUGAGGAUGGCUGGGUGAUUUGUAGGGUAUUCAAGAAGAAAAACCUAUUCAAAAUAACUGGAAAUGAGGCAGCUUCAUCAAGCCAUCACCACCAACAACCAACCAACAACUUCACACACAAAGACAAUAAUCAUGAUCAUAGCCCAUAUCUACUACACCAAUUACCACAACACCAUGACCAACAUCAUGACUUAAACUAUUCCCAAAUCCCAGUUGCUACUACUCUCGCGCCACACGAAUACUAUUCACACAACAACAACAACAUUGAAGUAGCACAAAACUUGAUCAAGUCAUCAUCACUGGGAUAUCAUCAACAUCAUCAUCCUCAUGAAUUCUCAUCAUCAGGUGCUGAUCAAUCAGCGCCUUGUGAGUCUGGCUUAGAAGUAGCAAGCAGUAAUGAUCAUCAAUGGGGAAUUAAUAUUGAUUCAUCUAAAGUUGCAUUAGGGAUGGGAUUUGAAUCUAAUCAAAUCAAUCAUCAACUUCCUAUGCGUGGAGAAAUGGACUUUUGGAGUUACGGAAAAUAAUACACACACACAUGACACAACUAUUAGUAUUAAU